AUGUUGGCACUCACUUUAACCGCCGAGCUCAACGGCGUAACCGAUCUCGCUCCCAUCGAUACCGAAGACAGNCCCUUUUACUACACAUUCAAGGUGCAAUGUACUUCAUGUCGUGAGGUCCAUCCCAACUGGGUCAGCGUGAGCAGAUUCGUAGGUCUUUCUUCUGUCUUUCCUCACAUUUUCAUUCACCGACAUCUUCGACCUAGNGAACAAAACGAAGUAUCUGGCAGCAGGGGUGAGGCCAACUUCGUCUGGAAGUGCAAAAACUGCAAGAGAGAACACUCUGCAACCAUCAAGGAGGCUCCCAAACCCUACACCCACAGCGACACUCCCAAGGCCCAAAAGAUUAUCGAGUUCGACUGCAGAGGUCUCGAAUUCGUUGAGUUCAAGCCAGAUGUAUGUCCAACCUACCAAUCAUUCUUACAUGCUUCUCGAAAAGUACUAAUGCAAUGUAUANNGGGAGAGUGGAAAGCCACCGGCAUCGAAUCAAACACAAAGUUCGACGCCAUUGACCUGACAGAAGGUGAUUGGUACGACUACGACGAGAAAGCCAGCGAAGAAGUCAGCAUCCAAGGCCAGAAGUGGGAGAUCAAGCGCUCAUAA